CUGGAGGCUUCCAUGUUCCCGAUGCAGAAAGGCUCCCUGAAUCUCUUGAGGCAGAAAUGGGAAUCCUGUGAUUACCAGAAAAGUGAGCGCUGUCCAGGGGCCAGUCGUAGUAUGGUGUUCCAGCCUCCGGAAAACAAAUUGCUUGAGCCUGAAGGAGAGGUAGUAUCAGCACCUGAACCUCCAGAUCCCCCAAGUCUGCCCUGUAGUACAGGGGAAGAGAUGUUGAGCUCAGAGCCUGAAGAGAAGCCUUCUGAUGACAAGAGUGACAACUCCAGAGAAUAUGUCCGGCCGGAAGUGUUGAAGGAAGAUUCUCUGAGUGGUCGCCGCAGGAUAGAGCGCUUUUCCAUUGCUCUUGAUGAGCUGAGGAGUGUGUUUGAGGCUCCAAAGAGUGGAAACAGACCCGCUGGAGCAGCAGAGUGUGGAGGAAGGGAAGUGGAAAUUGAGCGAAGUUUGUGUUCGCCAACAUUUAAGAGUCACCCUGGGAACCAGUUGGAGGAUUCUGUGAAAGAUUCAGACAAGAAAGGCGAGGAAACAUCUUUUGACAAGAUGUCACCUGAAAGUGGCCACAGUCAUAUCUUUGAAGUGACUGUUGGCCCUCAUAAACCCACAAGUGGGGCCGCGGAAGACAGUGUUGCUCAGAGCGCCGGUGUGUCAGACCUCCACGAGGUGGUCUCCCUGAAGGAGCGGAUGGCAAGGUACCAGGCAGCUGUUUCCAGGGGCGACUGCCGUAGCUUCUCUGCUAAUAUGAUGGAAGAAUCAGAAAUGUGCACAGUGCCUGGUGGUUUGGCCAAGGUGAAGAAGCAAUUUGAGGAUGAAAUUACUUCUUCCCGCAAUACCUUUGCUCAAUACCAAUACCAACACCAGAACAGAUCUGAGCAGGAGGUAACUCAUAGCAGCCAGGUCGACAUUUCAAGAAGCGGCCAGGAAACGGCAAGAAAUGAGCAAGAAGUGUCCAAACCACACAAAAUUGGUGUUCUUGGAACAGAAACGGUCUCUCAUCUUGAAAAGCACAUUGAGGAAAUAAACCAAGCUUCUCAGUUUCAUCAAUAUGUUCAAGAAACAGUCAUUGAUACUCCUGAGGAUGAUGAGAUUCCAAAAGUUUCAACCAAAUUAUUAAAAGAACAAUUUGAAAAGUCUGCCCAGGAAAAGAUCCUUUAUUCUGACAAGGAAAUGACAACCCCAGCCAAGCAGAUUAAGAUUGAAGGUGAAUGCGAAGAGACUUUAAAUCCAUCAUUGGUUGUGGAUACCUCUUCCUCUUCUUGCAUUUCAACCAGCCAGAGGAAGAAAACAUUAACCACAAGAUAUAGUGAUCACAGUAUCACUUCCUCAACGCUGGCACAAGUUAAUGCUGCUUCUUCAGGAAAGAUGGAAGAAUUCCCUCCUCCCUCACCUGAUGUACUUCAAACUCCAGUAGAUGUGACAGCAUUUUCCCAGUCCCCUGAAUUCCCUAGCAAUCUUAGAAAACUACCAGUCCCCAAAGAUUUAUAUUCCAAGCAAAGAAAUUUGUAUGAAUUAAACCGUUUAUAUAAACAUAUCCAUCCUGAGUUAAGAAAAAACUUAGAAAAAGAUUAUAUCAGUGAGGUUUCUGAGAUUGUUUCUAGUCAAAUAAACUCAGGGAACUCAGUUUCUGCAGAUGUGCAACAAACUCGAUAUGUUUUUGAAAAUACAAAUGAUAGUUCUCAAAAAAAUCUGAACUCAGAGAGAGAGCACUUGGAAUGGGAUGAAAUUCUGAAGGGGGAGGUACAGUCCAUUCGAUGGAUCUUUGAGAACCAGCCAUUAGAUUCCAUCAACAAUGGCUCUCCUGAUGAAGAGAACAUUUCCAAGGCCAUUGCUGAUCAAGAAAUCAUUGCUGGCGGUGAUGUGAAAUAUACCACAUGGAUGUUUGAAACCCAACCUAUAGAUACACUGAGGGCUCAUUCUCCUGGCACUGAAGAAAAUGCCGAGAAAAUUCCUGAACUAGCCAGAGGAGACGUCCACACAGCCCGGUGGAUGUUUGAAACAAGGCCAUUAGACUCAAUGAAUAAAAUGCAUCAAAGUCAAGAAGAAUCAGCAGUAACUGUCAUUAAGGACAUAACUGGUGGGGAUGUCAAGACUGUGAGAUACAUGUUUGAAACUCAAAAUCUAGAUCAACUCGGACAGCUUCAUUCAGUGGAUGAGGUUCACUUACUGCAGCUUAGGUCUGAGCUCAAAGAAAUUAAGGGAAAUGUUAAAAGAAGUAUAAAAUGUUUUGAAACCCAACCAUUAUAUGUUAUUAGAGACGGUUUGGGUCAAAUGCUAGAAAUUAAAACUGUUCACAGAGAAGAUGUUGAAAAGGGGGAUGUAAGAACAGCACGUUGGAUGUUUGAAACACAGCCACUGGAUACAAUAAACAAAGAUAUUACAGAAAUUAAAGUUGUUCGAGGAAUAUCCAUGGAAGAAAACGUCAAAGGUGGGGUGAGUAGGGCAAAGUGGCUAUUUGAAACCCAGCCUUUGGAGAAAAUUAAAGAGUCAGAAGAAGUCAUCAUUGAAAAGGAAGAAAUACUAGGUACAGAUGUCUCCAGAAAGUGUUGGAUGUUUGAAACACAGCCAUUAGACAUUCUAAAAGAAGUUCCUGAUUCAGAUCCUCUACCGCAUGAAGAGAUAAUAGGAGGUGAUGUACAAACUACUAAACAUCUAUUUGAAACACUUCCAAUAGAGGCAUUAAAAGAUAGUCCUGAUGUAGGAAAGCUUUCAAAAAUCACUACUACUGAAGAAGAAAAGGGGGAUGUUCGGCACCAAAAGUGGAUUUUUGAAACACAACCUCUGGAAGAGAUUAGAGAAGAUAAAAAGGAACACACACGAACAGUGAAGCUUGAAGAAGUUGACAGAGGAGAUGUCAGAAAUUACACACAUAUCUUUGAAUCAAACAAUUUAAUUAAAUUUGAUGCAUCACAUAAAAUAGAGGUGGAAGGAGUCACACAUGGUGCUGUAGAGUUAAAUAAAUCUCUUUUUGAGACAACACCACUGUAUGCCAUUCAAGAUCACCUUGGAAAAUAUCAUCAAGUAAAAACAGUCCAGCAAGAAGAAAUUCUAAGAGGUGAUGUAAAGAGUUGUAGGUGGCUUUUUGAAACAAGGCCUAUUGACCAGUUUGAUGAAAGCAUUCAUAAAUUUCAAGUAAUUAGAGGAAUAUCUGCACAAGAAAUACAAGCUGGAAAUGUGAAAUCUGCUAAAUGGUUGUUUGAAACCCAACCUCUUGAUUCAAUUAAAUAUUUUAGUAAUGUGGAAGAAACAGAAAGUAAUACUGAGCAAGCUACAGAUAUUGUUAAAGGGGACGUCAAAACAUGUAAAUGGCUGUUUGAAACUCAGCCAAUGGAAACUCUUUAUGAAAAAGUCUCAUUAAUGACUGGCGGUGAGGAAAUUCAUAAGGGUGAUGUCAAAACCUGUACUUGGCUGUUUGAAACUCAGCCACUUGAUACCAUAAAAGAUGACUCUGAAACAACAGUUAAAUUGCAAACUGUAAAGCAGGAGGAGAUCCAAGGUGGAGACGUUCGUACAGCAUGUUUUCUUUUUGAGACAGAAAAUUUGGACAAUAUACAAGGAGAAGAAGGGAAGGAAAUCAAGUCAGUGGAAAUGGAUAUACAAGCUGGGGAUGUUUCUAGCAUGAGGUACAAAUUUGAAAAUCAAUCCCUAGAUUCUAUGAGUUCCAGUUCAGAGGAAGUUUUGAAAAAGAUCAAAAUUCUAAAAACUGAAGAUAUUCAGAAAGGCAAUGUUUUAAAUUGUAGGUGGCUUUUUGAAAACCAACCAAUUGAUAGGAUAAAAGAAAACCAAGAAGGUGAUAAAUUAGUAAAGACAGUGACAGACAUACAAAGUGGGGAUGUAAGAAAGGGGUGUUUUAUUUUUGAGACCUUUUCUUUAGAUGAGAUUAAAGAAGAAUCUGACUAUAUCAGCACCAAGGAAACAAUUACUGAAGAAAUAAUAAAGGGUAAUGUAAAAAGCUACAGAAUGCUCUUUGAAACUCAGCCACUCUAUGCAAUUCAAGACCGAGAAGGGUACUAUCAUGAAGUAACAACAGUUAAAAAGGAAGAGGUAAUUCAUGGAGAUGUGCGAGGAACAAGGUGGCUUUUUGAAACAAAACCAUUAGACUCAAUAAAUGAAUCAGAAACUGUGUAUGUUAUUAAAUCUGUCACACAAGAAGACAUUCAGAAGGGAGAUGUUAGUUCUGUCAGAUACAGAUUUGAAACUCAACCACUGGAUCAGAUUUCAGAAGAAUCACAUCAUAUUGUUCCCACUGUUGACUCUAUUCAAGGUGGCAAUGUAAAGACAAGCAAACAAUUCUUUGAGUCUGAAAUUUUUGAUAGGAAAAAUUAUGUAAGAACAGUAAGUGUCAAUGAAAUACAAAAGGGAAAUGUUAAAACAUCUACUUGGCUAUUUGAAACCCAUACUAUAGAUGAGCUGAGAGGAGAAGGGUUAGAAUAUGAAAAUAUCAAGACAGUCACUCAAGAAGAUGUGCAGAAAGGUGAUGUUAAGCAAGCAGUAUGGCUUUUUGAAAAUCAAACUUUCGAUUCUAUUAAGGAAGGAGAUGAAAGCAUCACAAAAAUGGCCAAGGAAGAAAUUCCUUCUUCUGAUGUCAAAACAACUACAUGGCUCUUUGAAACAACACCCCUUCAUGAAUUUAAUGAAACUAGAGUAGAAAAGGUAGAAAUUAUAGGCAAGAGCAUUAAAGAAACCUUGGAAGAUCUCUACUCUCAAAAAGUUAUUCAAGCUCCUGGAAUAAUCAUUGAAGCUGAUGAAGUUGGGGAUGUUCGAAUGGCAAAAUACAAGCUGAUGAACCAAGCAUCUCCUGAAGUACAGAAGGAAGAAAUUAUCAGGGUUGAUCUCAGCAAUAUAAUGUUGAACCUCCUUUCUGAAAGAGACUCUACAAAAAGGGAAAUUUUGGUUAGUGAAGAAGAGAAGGGAAAUGUUAAUUUGACUAAAACUCAAUUAUUAAACAGAUCAACUGAAUUUCAUGCUGAAAAAGAAGAGAUAGUGAGAGGUGAUGUACAGCAAGCAAUAAAAAACCUGUUCUCUGAGGAAAAGUCUCUCAAGAAAGGCAUUUUAAUUCAGGAAGAUGAAAGAGGAGAUAUUAACAUGACUAUUUAUUGUCUUCUUCAUGAAAAUGCUGGUGACACAAUUCAGCGUGAAGAAAUAAUAGGGGGUGAUGUGAGACGUACCAUUCAUAAUUUGUUGUCUUCCACAUCAAACAAUAAAAUAUCUGAAAGGGCUAAAAUUGAUGCCUCUGAGAGGGGAAAUGUUCAGUUUUUCACAACAUGCAUAGAAACUGGAGCUUUGGAUUAUCUCAAGCAACUCCAGACAGGGUCAAAUGAAACACCAACAACUGAGAAACAAGGAGAGGAAGAAAUAAUUGGUGGUGAUGUGGAAGGCACAAAGCUGUUACUAAAGAAAAGGCAGUCUCAGAUUGAACGUACUGUUAAUGAAACUGACAUUAUCCCAGGGGAUGUGCAUAAUACGGUUAAGGUUUUUAUGGCAGAGCCUCAGAGUACAUCUGAUAAGACACCCAAAGAAGAAAUUACAAAAGGUGAUUUGACAUCAACCUUAAGUUCCCUCAGUCAGUCCAUAAAUCAGAAAAUAGUGACUAAAACAGAAGAAAUUAAUAAAGGUAACAUACUGGCCACUCUCAAGUCACUUAAAGAAUCAAGUCACCAAAGGAAAGAGUCUAAACAGCCUGAUGCCAUUCCUAGUGAUAUUGAGAAAGCUAUUAAAUGCCUUGAAAAGGCUACAAAUACAAAGACAGAAAUCCUGAAAAAAGAACUCAUCCUUGAUGACCUUGAAACAUCUUUAAAUUCUUUGAAAGAAACACAAAGAGGUUUUAAAGAGGUGGAUAAAGAAGGUGUAAUAAAAGAAGACUCUCAGGCUAUGACAUAUGGGUCCUCAGAAGGGCAGAAAACAGAGAUUCAUCAGGUAGCUGUCCAGGAGAACAAAAAACAUCUUCAUUCUAGGCCAGUACCAUUUGAGUCAGCAACCAAGUGGCAAAAGAAACCAGAUGCUCUCAGCCAACCUAUGGGAAUAUCUUGUCAUGGGAAUUCACUAGAAGAAAGAACCAAAGUUAAUCUUCCAAAAGGCCCCAAAGGCACCGUAAAGAUUGUCAUAGAUCGUGAACAAAACAAUGAUGCUCUUGAGAAAAGCCUUAGAAGACUAUCUAAUUCACACCAGAAAGCUAUGAAAAAUGUGCUGGAAUCAGAAGACAGAAUGGGUGUCUGGACUGAUACUGUAAGAGAGCAGCAUCUUAGAGAUGAACAUAUGAGUAGACAAUUAACUUCACCUGUGUCAGUUAAGGAAAAUCUGAAAACAGAAGAAUCAGACAGAGUAGUGAGAGAGCUGAAGACGGAUGAUAACUUUAACUCCACCCAAUCAGUUCAUAAAAUAGUUGGAAAGCAACAGACCUGUGAACUAAGGAAUGACCACCAGAAAACUGAGGCUUUCCAUGUAAAAAAUCCUAAAAUGACCCAAAACAUUAAAAUAUCCACAGAUAUACAAAGCUCCAAGCCCAGUCCCAUGCCAGUCGAAGAGACUGAUAAAGUUUCAGGGGACUUGCAGAAGCAAACUGUGUUAAAUCAAGAAAUGCAAUAUUCUAACAAGGAUAUAAAGAAAAAGAGUAUUAACCCUCAACCAGUGCAGCAGCUUUUGUCUGUAGAUCAAGACAUAUCUAAUGCAAAAGCGAAAGUCUCAGAAAAAAGUCACAAUAAAUAUAAGGCAAUUGACAAAAAGCAGGAGACUAAUGCUCAUUUGAAAAACCAGAACUUUCUAAUGAAGACAAAUACUUCCACAGACUUAAAAAGGGCAAUGGAAAGAUCCUUUAAUCCAAUCAACUUUAACCCUGAGAAUGAUGUGAAUGAAACUGAGUACCCUCUUCCUCCUCCGUCUCCACCUCCUCCUCCACCUUCCAAUGCAUCAUCUGAAAUUGAAUUUCCCCUUCCUCCUCCACCUCCUUUAAUGAUGUUUCCUGAAAAACAUGUGUUUCCUCCCUCACUAUCUGCAGAGAAGAUACAGGCUGAAUUUGAAAACUUUCCAGGUCUCCCUCUUCCUCCACCUCCAGAAGACGCGAAAUCUGAAAAAGAAUGUCUAUCAAUGUUUCUACCGCCUCCUCCUCCUCCAACUCCUUCACAAAAAUCAAUACAUCUCCUCUCCUCCUCUGUUCCAGAAAAGCACAGUGGAGCAUUCAUACAACAAUAUUCCCGAAAAGAAGACACAAGCUCUCAGCAAACUCAUUCUCAGGCUAAAAUCCUAACAGGAAAAUCAGGUGUGCUGCCACCUCCCACGUUGCCCAAACCCAAACUUCCUAAGCAUAUACAAGAUAAAAUGAACCAUCUUUCCCAAAAAAUGGAAUUGGAAAAUAUCCUGUCAGAUAUGAAAUGUAAAAUUACUCCAUCAAUGGAUCAGAAAAGCAUAAUGAUGGCGACUAACAGUGAACACACAGAGACAAAGCAGAACAUAAUUAGAAAAAAUCUUGAUGAAACAAAACAAUUAUCUAUUGACUCUGCAAAGUCUCUCUCACAAACAGCUGCAGAAACUUCAGCACCCAAGAAAAAACAGAUAGCACCUCUUCUAAAAUCUCAUUCAUUUCCAGUAAGUUCAGGACAACAAAGUCCAAAACCUUAUAUGAGAAAAUUUAAGACACCUUUGAUGAUUGCUGAAGAAAAGUACAGACAGCAAAGAGAAGAGCUCAAGAAACAAAAACAGGAGAGUUCUUACUACAACAAAGUCAUAACAGAAAGCCAAAAUCAAAACAUGUCAGAGUUGGAAAAGAAAAUGCCAUUACAAAAAACAAAUGAGGAGGUUCCUCUGUCUGAAACUGAUUCUGAGCACACUGUGGUUCAACCCAACCCAGACUCUCAAAGUAAUGCUCAAGUACUAGGAGUGUGUUCUGACAACCAGCUCUCAACAACAUCAUCAGUAACAGUUGCAACCAAGAGGCUCCAACAUGUUCUAGCAGCCUCAGAAGACAAAGAUAACAUGAAAAAGGAAGUUUUACAAAGUUCAAGGGACAUUAUGCAAUCUAAAUCAGCUUGUGAAAUUAAUCAGAGUCACCAAGAACAUAGUACCCAACAAACACAACAGAAGAAGUAUAUGGAGCAGUUGCACUUGCCCCAAAGUAAACCAGCUUCCCCAAGUUUCAAAGUUAAAACCAUCAAGCUUCCAACUCUAGAUCAUACGUUAAAUGAAAUGGACUACAGGUAUGAAAGUCAGAAAAAGCAAACUGAAGUUGAUGUUCAAACCACUGCCAAACAACAGUAUCAGGAAACUGAAGCAAGCACUGAAUAUAGUAAUAAGCAAUCUAUGGCUGAAAAAUAUCAUCAACUCCCUAAGAAGGAGAAAAGAGUGACAAUAAAGGUGCCUACAGAAUCCACAGAGAAGAAUCAUGAAGGUAAGCUCAAGAUAGUUCAUGAGAAGCAAAGAGAACGUAGUGGAGCUGAGAAAGGGAAACUCCCAGUAAGUGAAGAAAAUAAACAAAGAUCAUCAAUAAUUGGUUCAAAAGAAGAGAGGUUUAUAGUUGAAAGAAAACAUGAACAUUGGAAGAAUAAGUCAGUACCAAAGGGAAUGAAGCAAAAUGUUAUUGAUGCACAUCUUGAUUCACAGAUUCAGAAUUUUCAGCAAACACAAAUACAGACCUCUGAAAGCAAAGUUGAACAUAAAAAAUUGCCCCAGCCAUAUAAUAGUCCAAAGGAAGAAAAAUGUCUCCUAGUCAAGGGCAUACCACAGAAACAAGUCUUCUCUAAUAUGAAAGAUUCAAAGCAAGAGAUUACACAGAACAAAUCUUUAUUUUCCUCUGUGAAAGAGUCCCAGCAGGAUGAUGGAAAAUGUGCCAUAAAUGUAUUAGAAUUCUUGAGAAAACGUGAAGAACUACAGCAGAUUUUGUCUAGAGUAAAACAGUUUGAAGUAGAGCCAAAUAAAAGUGGCCUUAAAACAUUUCAGACACUGUUAAAUACUAUCCCAGUAUGGCUGAUACGUGAAGAACAAAGAGAAUAUGGAGUUCGCAUUGCCAUGGAGAAUGAUUUAGAAAAAGUAAAAGAGGAAAUAGCACACAUUAAAAUGCAAGCAGAGGAUAUGCUUAUGUCCUGUGAAAAUGUAAUUCAGACAGCCAUGCUAUCCUCUAAAACAGAAAAGCAGAGGAAUAAGCCUAUUAGCCUUAAUGAAGCAUCAUCCAAAGUAUCUAAGGUCAGCUCGAAUAAAAACACUGAACAGAAAGAAAAUAAAAUCACAGAAGAAAAAACAGUACACCACCAAGUAGCAGCUCAUCAUGAAGCAACUGUUCAUACUCAUGCAAAGACCCAUCAAGAAAUUAAACUGGAUGAUAGCAAGAUUUCGCCUCCAUCUUUAAAAACACGACCUCCAUCCCCUACUUUUAUAACAAUUGAGUCUACUGCCCGACAAACAGAAGCCUCUACUAAGGAUGAGCUUUCUCAGUUCCCUAAGAAGGACGAUUGUGUUGAAUCCCCACCAAGAAGAUCCAUGCCACAAACAUCUAGAAUUCACAGAGUAAACACCUCUCCUUCUCCACCCAGGAGUCGCUCUGAACAACUUGUCAGACUCAGAGACACCACUGAAAAGCUAUCCAGAGGGACCAUCCCAUGUCCAUCAGUAACCCCGGUUCCCAUCGUAGAGAAGAGGUCUGAAAUCAUUGUGUCUCCUGCAACACUUCGUCGUCAAAUUAAGAUAGAAGCUCGAGGUAGUGACUCUCCACCUACGAUCACAAUACCUGUAAGCAUAAAUCAUGCUGCUAGUGGUUCCUUCAGAGAAUCCAUGGAAGCUCAAGAGGAAGUUAGGAAAGUAGAAAAAAGGGCAACUUAUGUUCACAAGGAUGGAGUAAAUGCCACUGACCACAUGGUGCCAGAUACUGAAAGUUAUGAUGCAGUUGAAAUUAUCCGCAAGGUCGAAGUGCCUCACCUAUCAGAGCAUACACAGCGAUAUGAAGCAGCCAACCGAACUGUUCAAAUGGCUGAAAAUUUUGUGAAUGACAGUGAAAAUGAAAUAAACAGAUGGUUCGGGGAAUUUAAGCAUGGCCCAGUUUUUGAAGCAAAGUCAAACAGAAGAGUUUAUGCAAAUGGAGAAGCAAAUCAUAAUAUAAGACAAGAAAGUCAUGCCUUUUGUAAGGAGGAAUUUGGAUUAACAUCUUUAGGGAACACUAGUAUUACAGACUUUUCUUGCAAGCAUCCUAGAGACCUGCAAGAAAAAAUUCCCAUUAAACAGCCCAGGGUUUGCUCUGAAACAAGGUCUCUUAGUGAACAUUUCUCAGGCAUGGAUGCAUUUGAGAAUCAAACUGUUGAGACAAAGAUGAAGAUCUCUUCAUCACAUAGUUCACAAGCUGGCAAAUCUGGCUUUGACUUCAAGCAUGCCCCACCAACCUAUGAAGAUGUCAUUGCUGGCCAUAUUUUAGAUAUCUCUGAGUCACCUAAAGAACUCAGGAAAAAUUUUCAAAACACGUGGCAGGAGAGUGAAAGAGUUUUUAAAAGCCUGGAUUAUGCAACCUCAGAUGCUUCUGCAACUGAGAUGAGAACCACUUUGCAAGAGGAAUCUGCAUUUAUAAGUGAAACUGCUGCUCCAAGACAAGGAAUUAUGUAUACUUUGUCAAAAGAGAGUUUAUCCAAUGGAAUGCCUAGUAGCAGACAAACAGAGUUUUCAUAAGUCCUGCUUCCGAUGUCACCAUUGCAACAGUAAACUGAGUUUGGGAAAUUAUGCAUCACUUCAUGGACAAAUAUACUGCAAGCCUCACUUUAAACAACUUUUCAAAUCUAAAGGAAAUUAUGAUGAAGGCUUUGGACACAAACAGCAUAAAGAUCGAUGGAAUUGCAAAACCCAAAGUAGCUUAAUGGACUCUAUUCCCAAUGAAGACCCAAAUAUGUGUAAAAACUUUGCAACUAACAUCCUCACACCUGAGGAUCUUAAGAAACAUUUAGAUGCUAGUAACGGUGAAUGGCAAAGAGAUAAAUUGAGAAAAUUUGGGGAAAGGGGAAAAUUAAAAAUCAUUUGGCCUCCUUCCAAGGAGAUGCCCAAGAAAAAUUUUCCACUUGAGGAAGAGCUAAAAAUGAGUAAACCUAAAUGGCCACCUGAAAUGACAACUCCUAUGUCCCCUGAAUUUAAAAGUGAAUCACAGCUAGAGCAUGUUAGAAUUCUGGACAAUAAAGGACAAGAACAAGAUCAUCUUCCUUUCCUGGAGUCCACUCAUUUAUGUCAGAAAGAGGAUGUUAUUGGAAUCAAAGAAAUAAAAAUGUACGAGGCAAGGAAAGAUGAAAAGAAGGAAGAAAAUAAGAAUGUGCAAGAAAAACUGAGUGAGGCUGAAGAAACAAAGAAUAAGAGGAAAAGUGAAAUGAAUUUUAAUGACAUGGGUGUGCAGAGUGCUGAAAAGGAGAAAAAUGGAAGCAUGAAUGAACCUGAUGAUGCAGAAGUUUUACAGGUUACUUACUCUGAUGAUGAGGUGGCACUAGAAAAUCAAAAGGAGAAUUUGAAUAAGAAUAAUAAUAACAAUUAUGCCACAGUCUCAUAUCUGAAUAAUAGCAGACAGAAAACAUCUAUUUUAGAAUUUCCUGAUCUAUUACCUCUGUCGAGAGAGGCAAACAACACAGCAGGUAAACAUCAAAUUGAAAAGUUAGAAAAUGCAUCUAGAAUCUCAGCAUUACUUGGUAUAUUUGAAUCUGAAAAGACUUAUUCAAGGAAUGUCCUAGCUAUGGCUCUCAAGAAACAGACUGACAGAGUGGCUGCUGGCAGUCCUGUGCAGUCUGAUCUAAAACCAGGCCUCAGUGGGGGCUUAGUGGUAAAGGGAGAGAGUUCAGUCAUCUCUUCAGAUACAAAUCUCUUAAACAGUAAAGGAAACCAUUCAAAUAACAAAAAUUUACACUUUUUCUUUUCUAACACUGUGAAAAUCACAGCUUUUUCCAAGAAAAAUGAAAACAUUUUUGAGUGUGAUUUCAUAGAUUCUGUAGAUCAAAUUAAAAAUAUGCCAUGCUUGUGUUUAAGAGAAUUUGGAAAGAACGUCAAACAUUGGCAUGGUGAAACAAUAGGAGCAGCUCACAGUAGUGAAAAUACAAGUUUUAAUGCUCCGAACCAUGAAUGUGCAGCUAAGCCUUCAUUUUCUAGAAUGGAGGUUCAGUCUGAACAACUCACAGUGGAAGAGCAGAUUAAAAGAAAUAGGUGCUACAGUGACACUGAGUAAAAGAACUCUGACCAUUUGCAGUCCACAGCCAGGCAAUGAGAUAUAUUGAUGUCUCCUGAAAUAAGACUUCAAGGAUUUUGAUCAUCUUUUGUUGAACUUGUAAACAUAACACUAAAAAAAUCUCAUACUAUCACAGUGGGAUAUUUCUUGUACUACACUUUGUCAUUUUUUCAUAAUUCAUUUAAAUUUAUCUUUGUUUUGAAUGGACUGAAGAGACGAAACAAUAUGGCUAUGUUUUAGUGUCAGAUGGCACUUAAGUAUAUUGCUCUGUUUCAUUUAUAACAUCGUGGGUGGGUUCUAUACUCCUGAUACUUAUCAUAGUUCUUAUACCUUCUCUAUAAUUUCUGCUGAAAUAAAAUUGAAUCACCUGGGGUGCAAACCAAAA